UUGAGUUUAUUGAUUUAUUGAGCCACCUUUGAAUGGGUGUAUUAACUGUUAUCUCUCCCAAGAUCAAUCCGAACAGUUAUGCAACAGAUUUUACCUUAUCGAUUAUUUGGGAUGUGUAGUCAUGCGGUUCAACAUUGCCAGUGUUCACGCAAAAUAGAAGACUACACAUCCCGACAGACGGAGCGGCUCGUGCUUCACUAGUUACACAUUGAAUGUAGUUCGCUCUAACGUUACUUGAAAAAGCCGUUCAUGAUUCAGUUCAUUAAUAAAUAAAUAGUUUCGGUGUCAUGGCGGAAUCUGCAGCAUGUCCUGCCUUCCAGCUCGGAAGACCCCGAUACGAGCAGGGCUCAUUCCUCGGUCGACUGAGACACUUCGUAGACAUCAUUGACCCCAGCACUCUGUUUGUGUCCGAGAAACGAUUGAAAGAAUGCAUGAAACUACUUGAUGACUACAAACAUGGCGAGCUUCCACCUGGAGUGUCUGAUCUUCAGUUGUGGGAAGCCCAGAAGAUCAAGCAGGCCAUCAUUCAUCCUGACACAGGAGAGAAGAUCUUCAUGCCAUUUCGAAUGUCAGGUUAUGUCCCAUUUGGAACGCCGAUUGUCAUUGGCCUUCUUCUCCCAAAUCAGACUGUGGUGUCUACCAUUAUAUGGCAGUGGCUGAACCAGAGUCACAAUGCCUGUGUGAACUAUGCCAACCGCAACGCCACAAAGCCUACGCCAACAUCCAAGUUUCUUCAAGGCUAUGUAGGAGCUGUGACCAGUGCUGUUUCUAUCGCAGUGGGACUGAAUGUGUUGAUUCAGAAGGCUCACAAGCUGAGUCCUGCCACCAGAAUGAUAAUACAGAGACUCGUCCCCUUCCCAGCUGUAGCUAGUGCAAACAUCUGUAACGUAUGCCUGAUGAGACACAAUGAGCUGUCUGAGGGGAUUGAUGUGCUGGACAGCAACGGGAAUGUGGUGGGAUCCUCCAAAAUAGCUGCAAGACAUGCGAUCAUGGAGACCGCCUUCACACGUGUGGUCCUCCCGAUGCCGAUCUUUGUCCUGCCCCCCAUCAUCAUGUCCUACCUAGAGAGGCUGCGAUUCCUGCAGAGCAACCGCAGAUUGUUGCUGCCCAUCCACAGCCUGGUGUGCCUCGUUACCUUCGGCCUCUCCCUGCCUGUGGCCAUCAGCCUGUUCCCCCAGAUGUCUCAGAUUGAGGUGUCUUGUCUAGAGCCGGAGAUCGCCAUGGCAACAGAUUGCAAGGUUGUGACCUACAACAAGGGUUUGUGAUGGAUGGCGUGGUGUGAGAGAGGAGAGCAGAGGACGGGAGCGAGGAUGGAAAUGAGGCUGCAUUGUGAAUAGCUGUCAGGGAGAACCUACAGUGGGGGUCUUUUUGCCGCAGUAUCACAGCAGAGCCAGUAGACCUUCAUCUACUAACACAGGUUUUUUUUUUUUUUACGGAUCUCAAGAUCCAGCAAUUAUUGAAUCAAGGUUUGAAAAUAGGACCGAUUUUUUCUGUCCUCACUGUCUGCAAGAGCAAAGAAGAAGCUCUGUAUAUAGAAAUUAUGAUAUAUUUACUGUGAAAUCAGUUAUUUUUAGCAUUAAUGGAAUUAUUUUAAUAUAUACAAAACAGUGUUUCCCACACGUUAUACAGUACUUUGUUUCCCACUCAAGUUUUGGCUGCUUUUUCACCCAAUGACAAAUACAGUUUAAACCUGCAAUAACUGACAUUUUUUCUGGCUCUCUUGCUGCUAAAUGCUCCACUAGUAGUCUCUAACUGUGUAUGUGAUCAGGUAGCGCACAGUGUUUUUUGAAAUAGCUUUUUUUGCUGAAAACUGCUGCCUGUUUGGCCUCGCUGAUGAGAGCUGUGACAGUGAAUCAACACAGUAAAAUGGCAGCUAGAUAACAAAAUCAGUGAGGUGAGAGGAAGUGAGGGUGGCUAAGAACAUCAUUUUGUGUAGUUGAAAUGGUAAUCAUGUUAAUUAUCCUACAGAUAAAUCUUGCGACCACAAGAUUAGAACCAUUGUCCAAAAUCAAUUUUGACUGGGGGUAUGUACUGAGCCAUUUUACAGUUGAACAAAAAACUCAUCAGUGCCCUCUGCUGGACAAACUAGAGAGUAAACGUAAUGGAGACCAUCCUCUCUUCUACGUUUGGACAUCCUCAAUUCCUUUCCUCGGCUCCUCUCCACACGUCUUGGUCUCUCCCACCUGAGAUGCGAGUAGAGGAAGCAGAAGAGUUGAGGCCACGUGAGACGUCCGUGCUUCAGAGCCGUCAUUUUAGCUGCCAUGGUUUGUAUACCCCAGCUGUGUCAUGCUUCUUUUAUGCGUCACGGGUGCUGAAAAUACUUCCACAAAGGAUACACCCGUGCAUCCUCAUUCAAGUUUGUCUGGCAAGCCUCCUCUCUCCUUGCUCCUCAAGAUGCAUUUUAGAAAUUGAGGCAUCCAUUAAGAUGGUGCGCUGAUAUCGAUUUCUGAGUCACAGGCCCAAAGACAGAGGAGACGAGGAGGCACGAAAUAGAGAAAUGAGAAGAUUUGUAAAUUAUGUUUACUUUCUGAACUGCCAUUACUUGUUACUGGAAGGUCGUCAAAAUACGCUGAUCCUGAUUUAUCUGCAAUAAGCUAAUAUCAGCUGAUACAUAUCGGCAUGACUUAUCAGUCUGGCUCUAGUCUGCUUUAUUAUUGUGAUGGAGACAGUUGACGGAAGGAGGAGGGAAAGCUUCUUGCAAAGUAUAUUUUUGACCUGUGGGAAACACUGCAAUAGAUAUCAAAAUAAAAGUGUUAGAAAUCUAUCGGGAACAAGUCUAUUUAUCAUGUGAAGGUAGAGAAACUCUGCACUAACCAGGCUGCAGUGCUGAUAUGUAUAUUCUGUGUACUGAGGGAAUGACACAGGACUGGAUCACUAAAUGAAGCCACUCCGUUAGUGGCUGUACUGUAUAUGUAUAUGGGAAAAUGUGGAGACUGUACUCUAGAUGUAUAUUAGUUUACACGCUGUUUAUCACAUGCCGGGAAUUUUAACCCCAAUGUGAAACAACAUACAGAAGCCAGGGCAUUUUGUUUUCUACAAUAGCCAAACACUUUCCACUGACUUAUUUUCCUAAGAUUUUACUCCACUCCUGAUUGUUUCUUAAACCACCACUGUAUUCCUAGACUUCUUUUGUACAAUAUUUAAACCAUAAAAGUAUGAGCUAUAUAUUAUACCGAGUAUGAACUAGUAUUUUUAAUCUUUUGUAUAACGUCUACUACAAGGUUAUUAAAUGUUUGCUAGUCAAACAAUGUAAAACAAACAUUUAUAUAUAUUAUCUAAAAUAAUAUCUAAUAAAUACUCUCUCCAUUUAUCUUCUUUUGUGAAGACUUGAUUUCCAGACCUACGCUUUGCUUCAGCUGUUUAGUGUUGCUAUAGCAUUGAGGCUUUCAACAGGAUGAUCAUGGUUUUACUGUUUGCACCAUUUACAUUUGUUUUUAUUUAUUGUUAAUACAUUGGCAUUUAGUUUUCUCAUCACAAAUGUAAUGUUAGAAAAUG